CCCCACUGCCGCCGCUCCGCUUCACAUCAUGAAUAUUCAGAGGCUGCAGUCAUUGAGGACUCAGGUGGCAAAAAUAGUAAGGUGAUGGAAGCAAACCCUGACACGAAAGCCAGGGCUGCAUUUCAGUGUCUCCACAGCCCUGAGUGCUGCACCCAUCCUCUGACCCGUGGACCACAUGAGAGGAGAGUCCUGGGGAACUCCUGUGAAUCAGGCGUCUGUUGCAUACACCAACAUGCUCACGUCUUUCUGUAUGAUGUGUUGUAAUCAGCAUGUUGUUUUUAAAAGACAACAGGCCCCUCUGUAGUCCUCUCCCACAAAAUGCAUUUAGGCUGAUAGUUCAGCAUAAAGGAUGCACUGUUGAGGCCAGCAAUGCCUGCAUUGUUUUCCCUGUAAUUCAGUCCGGGUUUCCUCAGCAAAAUUUAGUGUAUUUUGUGAAAUCUUAUUUUAUAUAUUUUGUCACCAGCAGCAGUUAAACUAAAGGAGGAACAGCUCCAUUCUAUUACGGGUUAAAUUAUGCUCUGUGCCGAACUAGUGGUGAUGUAUAAAUUGCAGCCCUGUCUUUUUUCCAAAGGAUUCUAAAAUAGGUUUUCCGAAUUAGUGCUGGAUUUUCGCUCCUGCAUGUGUGGUGACUCUGGAUUUUUUCCCUUCAGAGAACCAUCCUUUGCAGCAUUCCCCCUUCCGAGGAAUCACUUAGACACUUCCAGCUGGUGGCAGGGGAUACAGCCAUAAUACAGCUUCCUCUGUCCCAGCUGUCUUUUUCACUACGAUAAAUGCAUUACGAUGGCUGCACUCUCGUGUAAAGGUUCAGGUAGAGGAAGGUGUAGGAUGAAGUCUGGAAGCCGUCUUUUGGGUUUUUAAAAGCUUCAGCUUCGACAGCAUCUCUGCAUUUUGAAUGUCUUCCUGCUUCUGGUCAAAGGUUUCUCUUCAGUGAUUGGAAUGCUACUGUAAGCCUGGUUAAAGGUGCCCGAGGAUAUCACCUUAUACAAGGAAGCCCUGCGUGCUUGAGAAGAGCUUUUUCAAUGCAUUAUGGCUCAUGCAGCCUCACAAUUAAAGAAAAACAGGGAUUUAGAAAUCAAUGCUGAAGAGGAGACUGAGAAGAAAAGGAAACACCGCAAACGGUCCCGGGAUCGGAAGAAAAAGUCUGAUGCCAAUGCAAGUUACUUAAGAGCAGCUCGAGCUGGACACCUUGAAAAGGCCCUUGACUACAUAAAAAAUGGGGUUGACAUAAACAUUUGCAAUCAGAAUGGGUUGAACGCGCUCCAUCUUGCUUCUAAAGAAGGCCAUGUAGAAGUUGUUUCUGAACUGCUACAGAGAGAAGCCAAUGUGGAUGCAGCUACAAAGAAAGGAAACACAGCCUUGCAUAUAGCAUCUUUGGCUGGGCAAGCAGAGGUGGUAAAAGUCUUGGUCACAAAUGGAGCCAAUGUCAAUGCACAAUCUCAGAAUGGUUUCACGCCAUUGUAUAUGGCAGCCCAGGAAAACCACCUGGAAGUUGUCAAGUUUCUUCUUGACAAUGGUGCAAGCCAGAGCCUAGCCACAGAGGAUGGCUUCACACCAUUGGCAGUAGCUUUGCAACAAGGUCAUGAUCAAGUAGUUUCUCUGCUGUUAGAAAAUGACACUAAAGGAAAAGUGCGUCUUCCAGCUCUUCACAUCGCUGCCCGAAAAGACGACACGAAAGCCGCGGCCCUGCUGCUGCAGAAUGACAACAACGCAGACGUGGAGUCAAAGAGUGGCUUCACUCCUCUCCACAUAGCUGCUCACUAUGGGAAUAUCAAUGUAGCCACGUUGCUGUUAAACCGAGCGGCUGCUGUGGACUUCACGGCAAGGAAUGACAUCACGCCUUUACACGUUGCAUCAAAAAGAGGAAAUGCCAAUAUGGUAAAACUCUUGCUUGAUCGAGGAGCUAAAAUCGAUGCCAAAACAAGGGAUGGUCUGACGCCCCUGCAUUGUGGAGCACGGAGUGGCCAUGAGCAGGUGGUAGAAAUGCUGCUUGAUCGAGCUGCCCCCAUUCUUUCAAAAACCAAGAAUGGACUGUCUCCAUUGCACAUGGCCACACAAGGGGAUCACUUAAACUGCGUCCAGCUUCUCCUCCAGCAUAACGUGCCCGUAGAUGAUGUCACCAAUGACUACCUGACUGCCCUGCAUGUGGCUGCCCACUGUGGCCAUUACAAGGUCGCCAAGGUUCUCUUGGACAAGAAAGCUAACCCCAAUGCCAAAGCCCUGAAUGGCUUUACCCCUCUUCAUAUUGCCUGCAAGAAGAAUCGGAUUAAAGUCAUGGAACUCCUUCUGAAACACGGUGCAUCCAUCCAAGCCGUAACCGAGUCGGGCCUUACCCCAAUCCAUGUUGCUGCCUUCAUGGGGCAUGUAAAUAUCGUAUCACAACUAAUGCAUCAUGGAGCCUCACCAAACACGACCAAUGUGAGAGGAGAAACAGCGCUGCACAUGGCAGCUCGAUCUGGCCAAGCUGAAGUCGUGAGGUAUCUGGUGCAAGACGGCGCUCAGGUAGAAGCUAAAGCCAAGGAUGACCAAACCCCACUCCACAUUUCUGCCCGAUUGGGGAAGGCAGAUAUAGUACAACAGCUGUUGCAGCAAGGAGCAUCUCCAAAUGCAGCCACAACUUCUGGGUAUACCCCACUCCACCUUUCGGCCCGCGAGGGGCAUGAGGACGUAGCUGCAUUCCUUUUGGAUCAUGGCGCAUCUUUAUCUAUAACAACAAAGAAAGGAUUUACUCCCCUCCAUGUGGCCGCAAAAUAUGGGAAGCUGGAAGUAGCCAAUCUCCUGCUACAGAAAAGUGCAUCUCCAGAUGCUGCUGGGAAGAGCGGGCUAACUCCACUGCACGUAGCUGCACAUUACGAUAAUCAGAAAGUGGCCCUCCUGCUUUUGGACCAAGGAGCCUCACCUCACGCGGCUGCAAAGAAUGGUUAUACGCCACUGCACAUCGCUGCCAAAAAGAACCAGAUGGACAUAGCGACAACUCUGCUGGAAUAUGGUGCUGAUGCAAAUGCAGUUACCCGGCAAGGAAUUGCUUCUGUCCAUCUUGCAGCUCAGGAAGGACAUGUGGACAUGGUGUCCCUGCUCCUCAGCAGAAAUGCUAAUGUGAACCUGAGCAAUAAGAAUGGCCUGACCCCACUCCAUUUGGCUGCUCAAGAAGACAGAGUGAAUGUGGCUGAAGUCCUCGUAAACCAAGGGGCAAAUGUGGAUGCCCAGACAAAGAUGGGAUACACACCUCUCCAUGUGGGCUGCCACUAUGGAAACAUCAAGAUUGUUAACUUCCUGCUCCAGCAUUCUGCAAAAGUUAAUGCCAAAACAAAGAAUGGGUAUACGCCGUUACAUCAAGCAGCUCAGCAGGGACACACACAUAUAAUAAAUGUCUUGCUUCAGAACAACGCUUCCCCCAAUGAACUCACUGUGAAUGGGAACACUGCCCUCGCCAUUGCCCGGAGGCUGGGCUACAUCUCAGUGGUCGACACCCUGAAAGUAGUGACUGAGGAAACCAUGACCACAACUACUAUCAUAGAGAAGCACAAAAUGAAUGUUCCAGAAACGAUGAAUGAAGUUCUUGAUAUGUCUGAUGAUGAAGUUCGUAAAGCCAACGCCCCUGAAAUGCUCAGUGAUGGCGAAUAUAUCUCAGAUGUUGAAGAAGGUGAGGACGCAAUGACAGGUGACACGGACAAAUACCUGGGGCCCCAGGACCUUAAGGAGCUGGGCGAUGACUCUCUCCCUGCAGAGGGCUACAUGGGCUUUAGUCUUGGGGCCCGUUCCGCCAGCCUCCGCUCCUUCAGUUCGGAUAGGUCGUACACCUUGAACAGAAGCUCCUAUGCGCGGGACAGCAUGAUGAUUGAAGAACUCCUUGUACCAUCCAAAGAGCAGCAUCUAACAUUUACAAGAGAAUUUGAUUCAGAUUCUCUUAGACAUUAUAGCUGGGCUGCAGAUACCUUGGACAAUGUCAAUCUUGUCUCAAGUCCUGUUCAUUCUGGGUUUCUGGUUAGCUUUAUGGUGGAUGCAAGAGGAGGCUCCAUGAGAGGGAGCCGUCACCACGGGAUGAGAAUCAUCAUCCCCCCGCGCAAGUGUACGGCCCCCACCCGAAUCACCUGCCGAUUGGUAAAGAGACAUAAACUGGCCAACCCACCCCCCAUGGUGGAAGGAGAGGGAUUAGCCAGUAGGCUGGUAGAAAUGGGUCCUGCAGGGGCACAAUUUUUAGGCCCUGUCAUAGUGGAAAUCCCUCACUUUGGGUCCAUGAGAGGGAAGGAGAGAGAACUCAUUGUUCUUCGAAGUGAAAAUGGUGAAACAUGGAAGGAGCAUCAGUUUGACAGUAAAAAUGAAGAUUUAACCGAAUUACUCAAUGGCAUGGAUGAAGAACUUGACAGCCCAGAGGAGCUAGGGAAAAAGCGUAUCUGCAGGAUCAUCACAAAGGACUUCCCCCAGUAUUUCGCUGUGGUUUCACGGAUUAAGCAGGAAAGCAACCAGAUUGGCCCUGAAGGCGGGAUUCUGAGCAGCACCACUGUGCCCCUUGUCCAGGCUUCAUUCCCAGAGGGUGCUUUAACCAAAAGAAUCCGCGUGGGCCUUCAGGCCCAGCCUGUUCCAGAUGAAAUUGUGAAAAAGAUUCUUGGAAACAAAGCAACAUUUAGCCCAAUCGUCACCGUGGAACCAAGAAGAAGGAAAUUCCAUAAACCUAUCACAAUGACCAUCCCGGUGCCCCCGCCCUCAGGAGAAGGCGUGUCCAACGGGUACAAGGGAGAUACCACGCCCAAUCUGCGCCUGCUCUGUAGCAUUACAGGAGGCACCUCGCCUGCUCAGUGGGAAGACAUCACAGGAACUACACCUCUGACAUUUAUAAAGGAUUGUGUCUCUUUUACAACCAAUGUUUCAGCCAGAUUUUGGCUUGCAGACUGCCAUCAAGUUUUAGAAACUGUGGGGUUAGCCUCACAGCUGUACAGAGAACUAAUAUGUGUUCCAUAUAUGGCCAAGUUCGUUGUUUUUGCCAAAAUGAAUGAUCCUGUAGAAUCCUCCCUGCGCUGUUUCUGCAUGACAGAUGACAAAGUGGACAAAACUUUAGAGCAGCAAGAGAAUUUUGAAGAAGUUGCAAGAAGCAAAGAUAUUGAGGUUCUGGAAGGAAAACCUAUUUAUGUUGAUUGUUAUGGAAAUCUGGCCCCACUUACUAAAGGGGGACAGCAGCUGGUUUUUAACUUUUAUGCUUUCAAAGAAAAUAGACUGCCAUUUUCCAUCAAGAUUAGAGACACCAGCCAAGAGCCCUGUGGUCGUCUGUCUUUUCUGAAAGAACCAAAGACAACAAAAGGACUGCCUCAAACAGCUGUUUGCAACUUAAAUAUCACUCUGCCAGCACAUAAAAAGGAGACAGAGUCAGAUCAAGAUGAUGAGGCCGAGAAAGCAGAUAGACGACAGAGCUUUGCAUCUUUAGCGUUACGUAAGCGCUACAGCUACUUGACUGAGCCUGGAAUGAUUGAACGGAGUGCAGGAGCAACAAGAUCCCUCCCCACCACUUACUCAUACAAGCCAUUCUUUUCUACAAGACCAUACCAGUCCUGGACAACAGCUCCGAUCACAGUGCCUGGGCCAGCCAAGUCAGGCUUCACUUCCUUAUCAAGCUCUUCCUCUAAUACGCCAUCAGCUUCUCCGUUAAAAUCAAUAUGGUCUGUUUCGACUCCUUCUCCAAUCAAAUCCACAUUAGGCGCGUCGACUACAUCUUCAGUUAAAUCCAUUAGUGAUGUGGCAUCUCCGAUUAGAUCCUUUCGGACAAUUUCUUCACCGAUAAAAACAGUGGUGUCACAAUCUCCGUACAAUAUCCAGGUUUCCUCUGGUACCCUGGUUAGAGCUCCCACAGUCCCAGAGUCCUCGCCUUUAAAAGGGCUGGCAUCCAAUUCUACGUUUUCCUCCCGAACCUCUCCAGUGACUACAGCGGGGUCUCUUCUGGAGAGGUCGUCAAUUACUAUGACCCCCCCUGCCUCCCCCAAAUCAAACAUUAAUAUGUAUUCCUCAAGUUUGCCAUUUAAGUCAAUUAUUACAUCAGCAGCACCGCUAAUAUCUUCGCCUCUAAAGUCAGUGGUGUCUCCAGUGAAAUCAGCAGUUGAUGUCAUUUCAUCAGCUAAAGUUACAAUGGCCCCCUCUCUCUCAUCACCUGUGAAACAGAUGCCUGGACAUGCAGAGGUAGCAUUAGUCAAUGGAUCUAUUUCCCCCCUGAAAUAUCCGUCAUCUUCAACUUUAAUUAAUGGAUGCAAAGCCACUGCCACGUUACAGGAAAAAAUUUCUACGGCUACAAACUCUGUGAGCUCUGUGGUUAGCGCAGCCACUGACACAGUCGAUAAAGUGUUUUCUACCACGACAGCGAUGCCAUUUUCCCCACUCAGGUCAUAUGUUUCUUCGGCACCAUCCGCUUUUCAGUCUCUAAGAACUCCUUCAGCAAGUGCACUCUAUACAUCCCUUGGGUCGUCAAUAUCUGCAACUACCUCAUCUGUAACUUCAUCUAUAAUAACAGUGCCAGUAUACUCUGUAGUCAAUGUUUUGCCAGAACCAGCAUUAAAGAAACUUCCAGACUCUAGUUCACUUACAAAAUCAGCAGCAGCCUUGCUGUCACCCAUUAAAACAUUGACUACGGAGACACGUCCUCAGCCCCAUUUCAAUCGAACUUCAUCUCCAGUUAAGUCGUCUUUGUUCCUUGCACCCUCUGCCCUUAAGUUGUCUACACCAUCUUCUUUAUCUUCCAGUCAGGAGAUAUUAAAAGACGUGGCUGAAAUGAAAGAGGACCUCAUGCGGAUGACCGCAAUACUACAAACAGACGUGCCUGAGGAGAAGCCAUUCCAACCCGAACUCCCGAAAGAAGGGAGAAUUGACGAUGAAGAACCUUUCAAAAUCGUUGAGAAAGUAAAGGAAGACUUGGUGAAAGUGAGUGAAAUCCUUAAAAAAGAUGUGUGUGUAGAUAAUAAAGGACCACCCAAAUCACCAAAGAGUGACAAAGGACUCUCUCCCGAAGACGACUGGAUAGAAUUUAGUUCGGAAGAAAUAAGAGAAGCGAGACAACAAGCUGCCACGAUCCAUUCCCCAACUCUGCCAGAGAGAGUGCAAGUGAAAGCAAAAGCCGCCUCCGAGAAGGAUUAUAACUUGACCAAAGUUAUUGACUACUUAACAAAUGAUAUUGGGAGUAGUUCGUUGACAAAUUUAAAGUACAAGUUUGAGGAUGCAAAGAAGGAUGGUGAAGAGAGACAGAAAAGGAUUCUGAAGCCAGCAAUCGCUUUGCAGGAACACAAACUCAAAAUGCCUCCAGCCUCCAUGAGGCCUUCCACCUCUGAGAAAGAGUUGUGUAAAAUGGCCGAUUCCUUUUUUGGAACAGAUACUAUUUUAGAGUCUCCGGAUGACUUUUCUCAACAUGACCAAGACAAAAGCCCUUUGUCUGACAGUGGCUUUGAAACAAGAAGUGAAAAAACGCCUUCAGCCCCACAGAGUGCUGAAAGCACUGGCCCUAAACCACUUUUUCACGAAGUCCCCAUCCCUCCUGUCAUUACAGAAACAAGAACUGAAGUGGUGCAUGUUAUCAGGAGCUAUGAACCUUCGGCUGGAGAUGCUCCCCCAGGCCAACCAGAGGAGCCGGUGUCACCCAAACCUUCACCUACUUUUACAGAACUGGAGCCAAAGCCCACCACCUCUAGUAUUAAGGAAAAAGUGAAAGCAUUUCAAAUGAAAGCCAACGGUGAAGAAGACGACCACAGUCGGGUUCUGAGCAAAGGCAUGCGUGUUAAGGAAGAGACUCACAUAACCACGACCACCAGAAUGGUCUAUCAUUCUCCACCAGGCAGUGAAGGUGCCUCUGAAAGAAUUGAAGAAACCAUGUCAGUCCAUGACAUCAUGAAGGCCUUUCAGUCCGGGCGGGACCCUUCCAAAGAACUGGCAGGUCUGUUUGAGCAUAAGUCGGCAGUGCCUCCAGAUGUUCACAAGUCUGCUGCUGAAACCUCAGCCCAGCAUGCAGAGAAGGACAACCAAAUGAAACCCAAACUGGAGCGUAUAAUAGAAGUCCACAUCGAAAAAGGUAACCAAGCUGAGCCCACUGAAGUCAUUAUUAGAGAAACCAAAAAGCAUCCAGAAAAGGAAAUGUAUGUAUAUCAGAAAGACUUAUCCCGGGGAGAUAUUAACCUAAAAGAUUUUCUGCCAGAAAAACACGAUGCUUUUCCUUGUUCAGAGGAACAGGGUCAGCAAGAAGAAGAAGAACUCACUGCUGAAGAGUCAUUGCCUUCUUAUCUGGAGUCUUCCAGAGUAAACACUCCUGUGUCCCAAGAAGAAGAUAGUCGCCCUAGUUCUGCUCAACUCAUAUCUGAUGACUCUUAUAAAACAUUGAAGCUUUUGAGUCAACACUCAAUAGAAUACCAUGACGAUGAGUUGUCAGAACUAAGAGGGGAGUCUUACAGGUUUGCUGAGAAAAUGCUUCUGUCAGAAAAGCUAGAUGUGUCUCACUCUGAUACCGAGGAAUCGGUUACAGACCAUGCAGGACCCCCUAGCUCAGAGUUACAGGGGUCUGAUAAGCGGUCCAGAGAAAAAGUAGUCACUGCCCCCAAAAAAGAAAUUCUCUCCAAAAUCUAUAAAGAUGUGUCUGAAAAUGGUGUAGGUAAAGUGUCUAAAGAUGAGCAUUUUGAUAAAGUGACAGUGUUGCACUAUUCUGGCGAUGUUAGUAGUCCAAAACAUGCCAUGUGGAUGCGCUUUACUGAGGACAGAUUAGACAGAGGUAGAGAGAAGUUGAUAUAUGAAGAUAGGGUGGACAGGACUGUGAAGGAAGCUGAAGAAAAACUGACUGAAGUGUCACAGUUUUUUCGUGACAAAACCGAAAAGCUUAAUGAUGAACUGCAGUCCCCAGAGAAAAAGCCACGCCCUAGAAAUGGUAAAGAAUACUCUUCUCAAAGCUCUACCAGUAGCAGCCCCGAGAAGGUACUGCUGACAGAACUGUUGGCAUCCAAUGAUGAGUGGGUUAAGGCAAGGCAGCAUGGCCAUGAUGGACAAGGCUUCCCCAAAGCUGAUGAGAGGAAAGAAUCCAGUCUGCCGAGCAGCCCAGAGAAGAAGGUUCUCUCCCAACAGCCUGAGGACAGCAAGUCCAUGGAGGAAGCCAAAGAAAGCAUUUCGCAGAGCAAAGUACCAGAAGGGCCCCAGUCUGGCUUUCAGCUCAAACAAUCCAAACUCAGUUCCAUUAGAUUAAAAUUUGAACAAGGCGCACAGGCAAAAAGUAAGGACAUGUCUCAAGAAGACAAAAAGCCGGAGGGCCAAUCCAGAAUCCCAGUCAAAAAAAUCCAGGAGAGCAAGCUGCCUGUCUACCAAGUUUUUGCUAGAGAAAAGCAGCAGAAGGCCAUAGACCUCCCAGAUGAAAGUGUGUCUGUGCAAAAUGAUUUUAUGGUCCUGAAAGCUAAAGAUGAGCAUGUCCAAAGCAAUGAAAUUGUCAAAAAUGAUUCUGGCUCCGAGGAUGUGAAGACACAGAGAACUGAAAUGUCAAGUAAAGCAAUGCCUGACUAUUUUUCUGAGCAACAGGCUAAAGACUUGGCAUGUCAUGUAACCUCAGAUUUAGCAACUAAGGGACCAUGGGACAAAAAGGUCUUUAGAACAUGGGAAAGUUCUGGAGCUGCUAACAAUAAGUCGCAGAAAGAAAAACUUUCACAUGUACUUGUUCAUGAUGUAAGAGAGAAUCACACUGGUCACCCUGAGAGUAAGAUUGUUGAUCAAAGGAGUGAAUUUAUGUCUGUGACUGAGAGAGAACACAAGUUGUUAACAAAUGGGUCUCUCUCAGAAAUUAAGGAAAUGACUGUAAAAUCUCCCUCCAAAAAGGUCUUAUAUAGGGAAUAUGUUGUGAAAGAAGGGGAACGGCCGGGUGGAUCUCUGGAACAACCUUCCAGGAGGAGUGAGAGUUCAGCAGCAUCACACAUCCCGGUCAGAGCUGCAGAGGGACGGAGAAUACUGUCUUCUGAUAUUCCUGACGGUUUUUGUGAGCAGCCGACGUUCCCCCAACACGAACUAUCACCAAAGUUGUCCCCAUCAAGUAUGAGUAAAGAGACAGUCGAGACACAGCACUUUAAUUCUAUAGAAGACGAAAAAGUUACCUAUUCAGAAAUCAGCAAAGUUUCCAAACGCCAGAGUUACGUAGGCUUAUGCCCUCCUCUCGAUGAAACUGAAACCUCUCCCACCAAAUCUCCUGAUUCCUUAGAGUUUAGCCCAGGAAAGGAAUCUCCCUCUAGUGAUGUGUUUGACCACAGUCCCCUGGAUGGAUUGGAAAGAGUUGCUCCACUAGCCCAGACGGAGGGAGGGAAAGACAUAAAAACUUUACCUGUUUAUGUCAGUUUUGUACAGGUGGGGAAGCAGUAUGAAAAGGAGAUACAACAAGGAAGUGUAAAAAAGAUCAUAAGUCAGGAGUGUAAGACAGUACAAGAGACCAGGGGGACCUUUUAUACAACUAGACAGCAGAAGCAGCCUCCUUCUCCCCAAGGUAGUCCAGAAGACGACACUCUAGAACAAGUUUCCUUUCUAGACAGCUCUGGGAAAAGCCCUUUAACCCCGGAAACACCCAGUUCAGAGGAAGUGAGUUAUGAAUUCACGUCUAAGACACCAGACUCGCUCAUAGCUUAUAUACCAGGCAAACCCAGCCCAAUCCCUGAGGUUUCUGAGGAAUCUGAGGAGGAGGAGCAGGCCAAGUCAGCCUCCUUAAAGCAGACUACGGUGGAGGAAGCAACCGUGGAGCGUGAAAUGCCUACCGAUGCGAGCAAAGACUCUAACCAAAGACCCAAAACCAGUAGAGUUGCCUAUAUUGAGUUCCCCCCUCCUCCACCACUGGAUGCAGACCAGAUGGAGCCAGAUAAGAAGCAUCAUUAUCUCCCUGAAAGAGAGGUUGACAUGAUUGAAGUCAGUCUGCAAGAUGAACAUGACAAGUACCAGCUGGCUGAACCGGUCAUCAGAGUGCAGCCACCUUCUCCAGUUCCUCCCGGGGCAGACGUCAGCGAUUCGAGCGAUGACGAGUCCAUCUAUCAGCCGGUCCCAGUUAAAAAAUACACCUUCAAAUUAAAGGAAGUAGACGAUGAACAAAAAGAAAUGACCAAAUCCAAAGCUCCUGCUGACAAGGCUCCCAACCAGAAAGAAUUGGAAACCAAUGGAUCUGGAAAAGAUAACGAAUUUGGCCUUGGCCUCGAUUCACCUCAGAAUGAAACCGCCCAGAAUGGGAACAAUGACCAGUCCAUCACAGAGUGUUCCAUUGCUACCACGGCCGAGUUUUCUCAUGACACAGAUGCCACAGAGAUCGACUCUCUGGAUGGCUAUGACCUGCAAGAUGAAGAUGAUGGCCUGACAGAGAGUGAUUCUAAACUCCCAAGUCAAACCAUGGAAAUCAAGAAAGAUGUCUGGAACACAGAGGGCAUUCUGAAGCCAGCUGAUCGCUCCUUUAGCCAAAGUAAACUUGAAGUUAUCGAGGAGGAGGAGGGAAGGGUGGGACCAGACGAAGAUAAGCCACCUUCUAAAAGUUCCUCAUCCGAAAGGACCCCUGAUAAGACUGAUCAGAAAUCAGGGGCCCAGUUUUUCACUCUAGAAGGCAGACAUCCUGACAGAUCAGUGUUUCCUGAUACUUACUUCAGUUACAAAGUAGAUGAAGAAUUUGCCACUCCUUUUAAAACAGUAGCUACCAAAGGUCUAGAUUUUGAUCCCUGGUCUAAUAAUCGAGGGGAUGAUGAAGUUUUUGACAGUAAAUCACGGGAAGAUGAAACUAAGCCAUUUGGUCUGGCUGUGGAAGACCGCUCGCCAGCAACAACCCCUGAUACAACGCCAGCCAGAACGCCAACUGAUGAAAGUACCCCAACUAGUGAGCCUAACCCCUUCCCAUUUCACGAAGGGAAAAUGUUUGAGAUGACUCGCAGUGGUGCAAUUGACAUGAGCAAGAGGGAUUUUGUUGAAGAGAGGCUCCAAUUUUUCCAGAUUGGUGAGCAUACUUCUGAAGGGAAGUCAGGGGACCAGGGGGAAGGGGAUAAAAGUAUGGUCACUGCCACACCACAGCCACAGUCAGGGGACACCACUGUAGAAACCAAUCUAGAGAGAAAUGUAGAGGCACCUCCAGUCGAACCCAACCCCAGCAUCCCGACCAGCGGAGAGUGUCAGGAAGGCACAUCCAGUAGUGGCUCCCUGGAGAAAUCGGCAGCAGCCACUAGCACCUCUAAAGUUGACCCCAAGUUGCGCACGCCUAUAAAAAUGGGAAUUUCUGCAUCCACCAUGACCAUGAAGAAAGAAGGCCCUGGAGAAGUGACAGAUAAGAUAGAAGCUGUGAUGACCAGUUGUCAGGGACUAGAGAAUGAAACUAUACCAAUGAUUUCAAAUACAGCCAAUAGCCACAUGGGCACUAGGCCCCAAGAAAAACAUGAUUUCCAGAAAGAUAACUUUAAUAACAACAACAAUUUGGAUUCUUCCACUAUACAGACAGAUAACAUUACAAGUAAUAUAGUUCUGACAGAACAUUCUGCACCCACUUGUACCACAGAGAAAGCUAAUCCAGUGAAAAUCUCAUCAGGAAAAAAGACAGGGGUACUGCAAGGACACUGUGUAAGAGAUAAGCAGAAAGUUCUUGGAGAGCAGCCAAAGACCAAGGAAUCGAUAGGGAUUAGGCGAAAAUCCAAACUUCCCAUAAAGGCCACUUCACCAAAAGAUAUCUGCCCACCAAGUCAUAUGCCAAACAUGAAAGUGAGUAAAACGAAGCAGGUCAGUCAAUCUGAGAAAACCAAAACCCUUAUUUCUUCUUCAUGUGUAGAUGUAAAGUCCAGAAUUCCAGUAAAAGACACACACAGAGAUAACGUAGUUAGAAAAGCAUGUGCCACACAAAAGCAAGGGCAGCCAGAGAAAGGCAAGGCCAAACAGCUUCCAUCCAAGUUGCCAGUAAAGGUAAGAUCCACCUGUGUCACCACCACCACCACCACCACCACCACCACCACCGCCAUAGUAAAAGUUAGGAAGAGUCAGCUUAAGGAAGUAUGUAAACAUUCCAUUGAAUAUUUUAAGGGAAUUAGUGGUGAGACCUUAAAGCUUGUGGACCGCCUCUCUGAAGAAGACAAAAAGAUGCAGUCCGAGUUGUCCGAUGAGGAAGACAGUACCUCAAGAAACACGUCGUUGUCCGAGACUUCCCGGGGUGGCCAGCCUUCAGUUACCACGAAGUCUGCUAGAGAUAAGAAAACAGAGGCAGCACCUUUAAAAUCAAAGAGUGAAAAGGCCGGCAGUGGGAAAAGGAGCAGUAGAAGGACUGGUCCACAGAGUCCAUGUGAACGGACAGAUAUCAGGAUGGCAAUAGUAGCCGACCACCUGGGACUUAGUUGGACAGAACUGGCAAGGGAACUGAAUUUUUCAGUGGAUGAAAUCAAUCAAAUACGUGUGGAAAAUCCAAAUUCUUUAAUUUCUCAAAGCUUCAUGUUAUUAAAAAAAUGGGUUACCAGAGACGGAAAAAAUGCUACAACUGAUGCCUUAACUUCGGUCUUGACAAAAAUUAAUCGAAUAGAUAUAGUGACUCUGCUAGAAGGACCGAUAUUUGAUUAUGGAAAUAUUUCAGGCACCAGGAGUUUUGCAGAUGAGAACAAUGUUUUCCAUGACCCUGUUGAUGGUUGGCAGAACGAGACAUCAGGUGGAAACCUAGAGCCCCCUGCUCAAGCUCGAAGACUAACCGGUGGGUUACUAGAAAGACUGGAUGACAGCCCUGAUCAGUGUCGAGAUUCCAUUACCUCAUAUCUCAAAGGAGAACCUGGAAAAUUUGAAGCAAAUGGGAGCCACGCAGAAGUCACUCCAGAAGCAAAGACAAAAUCUUACUUUCCAGAAUCCCAAAAUGAUAUAGGGAAACAGAGCGCUAAGGAAACUCUGAAACCAAAAAUCCAUGGAUCUGGUCGUGUUGAGGAACCAGCAUCAUCACUAGCCGCCUAUCAGAAAGCUCUAGAAGAAACCAGCAAGUUUGUAAUAGAAGAGCCUAAACCCUGUGUGCCUGUCAGUAUGAAAAAGAUGAGUAGGACUUCCCCUGCAGAUGGCAAGCCAAGGCUUAACCUGCACGAAGAAGAAGGGUCCAGUGGGUCUGAGCAAAAGGUCAAAAGUCCGGGUGCGGUUCUUACACGGAUGACUGCCUGCUGUUACAAGGACUUGAAAGACAGUGAGAGUGAUUCGAGCUCAGAGGAAGAACGGAGAGUCACUACCCGAGUUAUUCGCCGGCGUUUGAUUAUAAAGGGAGAGGAAGCAAAAAGCAUUCCUGGUGAAUCUGUCACAGAAGAACAAUUUACUGAUGAAGAAGGCAACCUCAUCACCAGAAAAAUCACUCGGAAAGUAAUAAGACGAAUUGCUAUCCCACAAGAGAGAAAACAUGAUGACAUGCAGGGAGAAGGUUAUAAGGUGAAGACAGCGAAGAAGGAAAUCCGUCAUGUGGAAAAGAAGAGCCAUUCAUAACAGUAAACGGAUCGUGUAAUUUUACUGCCAGUAUUGAGAAAUUCAUGGAAGAGAUGUCAGCAGGAAGUAAAAAUUCAUGGAGAAGGGUGUGUGUGUUUGCUGCUUCCACACAUUAAUGGCAUGAUUUUUUUUUAUGCAAAAAGAAAAAAAAAAGAAAUCUACCCACAUUUUAAUUUAGCAUGAGCCAAUUUACAGAGCAUGGAAAUUCACUUUCAUUCCCAGGAUUGGCGCGUGUGCAAUUAGCAAUGCAGUGUAUAUACAAGAAGCCAUGCUGUUAACAGUUUAUCCUAAGUAAUUUGGUGUCAUUUACAAAAGGAAGAAAUUCCUGCCGCCAGAAGGGACAGAAGACGGGAUGAUGAAAUCACAGAGAAACACUAAAAUUACUAACUCCACAACAGCUCGCCUUAUUUUUCUUGGACCCAAACUGUCAGGGUAUAAACACUAUUUGUUUCUUUUUUAAAACAUCUAUAGUUUUGCUGUAAAUAAUAACACUGUAUAAAUUCUAACAGAAAAAUAGAAUAAAUGUUGAUAAGGCACUGCCUCUUAGAACACAAACAGAAUAUUGCAAAUGCAUUUAACAUACUAGGGGUCUCAAGUGACUUCACCCUAGAAGAGGAGGGAGGGGUCCUGGGUGGGGGGGAAUCUUCACUGAUUCUUGUAUAUUAGCAAUUAUAAUGUUUAUAUAUGCAAAACUGCUAGCUUGAUUUUAAAAAACAGAAACAAAUCUUUAAAAUCUGCUGCAAAUUUAAAUAAUUCCCAAAAUGAGGAAUUCUGUAGUUCUGUGAAAAAAUUUUUUCUUCAGAAUACUAAUAUUUUGAUGCAUGUGUAUCACCUUAUUUUGAUUAAAUCUUUUCCAAUUUUGCAAACACUACAGUAUACUGCAACACAGAAGAUUUUAUCUGUAAACACAAAGCCCUUCAUCUAAUAUUUGUUGCUAUUGCCAAUUUUUCAAUGAAAUGAACUAAAAAUGAAAAAAAAAAAACCCUAUACAGUAGUUGCUUUAGGGGGAGGGUGGGUGCUGUUAGUGCUUAAAAGGGGGUAAUGCUUGCCGCUUUAGAGGUGGAUGGUGCUCAUAAGAGGCCCCAGUCGGGGGUAUUUAAAAUGGACUAAACAGAAAUUCUUAGCUCGUAGAAUGGCAGCACGCUGUACAAUUAUUACUGUAUUGUGUACUGGCUAUAAGAUGUAGACACCUUUGAAUAAGCCAAUCAUUUGUAACCAUUCUAGCAGUGUCAUAUUAGGUUAAUAAGGCUGCUGUGUUUUAAAGGGCAUUUUUAUUUGGGUUUUGGUGAAAUCCUUUAAUUUGUUGAUUAUAUUCAUAUAAAAUCAGCAUUCAUUGACACAUAGCUCUAAUGACAUAUGUAUGAAAAACCAUACACUGGAUGACCUAGUCGAUUAUUUAAGCAUAAAAUAAAUUGUGUUAAACUCUUCA